AUGGGCAAGCUCCUCGGCCGGCUGUGGGUCGGGGCCACGCUCGUCCUCAUCUCGUUCAUUGGCAUCUCGUCGCAGCUCUUCGUCGUCCUCCCCUCGUACCGGUACGACUGGCGCGACCCGGACCUGUGGCGCCUUCUCGCACCCUUCAACGUCCUCCUCGCCUUCCUGUACCUCAACUACGCCCUCACAGUCGGCACGGAUCCCGGGCGCGUCCCUCUCGGCUGGGAGCCAGACUGGCGGCAGUUCGAGUCGGGCGAGGUCGAGGUCAAGAAGCAGACGGGCGGUCCUCGCUUCUGUCGAACCUGUCGAGCGUACAAGCCGCCACGAGCGCACCAUUGCCGCCAGUGCCAGCGCUGCGUGCUCAAGAUGGACCACCACUGUCCCUGGGUCAACAACUGCGUCGGGCACGGCAACUACGGCCACUUCUGCCGCUUCCUCUUCUUCGUCGACGUCGCCUGCGCAUACCACUUGUGGAUGAUCUCGACGCGCGCGUUCCACUCGCUUGCCUUCUCGGUCGACCCGUCGACGUUCCAGAUCGUCAUGCUCGUCCUCAACUAUACUGCAUGCGUGCCCGUCAUCAUCGCCGUCGGCGUCUUCUCGCUGUACCACCUGUGGAGCGUCUGCGUCAACACCACCACGAUCGAGGGGUGGGAGAAGGACAAGGUGGCGACGCUCAGGCGACGAGGCAAGAUCCGCGAGUACCGCUACCCUUACCACCUCGGCUACCUCGCCAACAUCCGCUCGGUCCUUGGGCGCAACCCGCUCCUGUGGCUGUGGCCGCAGCGAGCCGUCGGCGACGGCUUGUCUUACCCGGUCGCUGUCGGAACCGGUGAGUCGCGCUUUCGUCCGCCUCUCUCUCUCUCAGAUCGUUACAGACGGUCUAGCGCGGUCGAUGAGUGA